UCACCGACCUCUCUGCCUCUCAAGCACUGGGGUCGUAGGUCCCGACAGUUGGCAUUUUUUUCUGGCAUCUUUUUUUUCCCUCCUUCCUGUGAACGUGUGAAGUCUACCUGGCAACCCGUGACGUCACGGGCCAGCUCGUUGGGACAGAGAGAGAAGUAGCCGCUUCCCGCGCGGGUUCGUGGACCACCGGGCCGCGACGACGUGGGACUCUCCUCCCACGAGCGGCGCGGGGCCGAGGCCCUCCGUUCGCGCGCUGAGGCGGGUACGGACCACUGCGUCCGCCCUUCCCACUUGGAAAGCCGUCCGUGGCGAGGCCGCCGUUCCCUUCCGGGCCGCGGGGGGCGCCAUCGGGACGCUGCUGGCGAGCUGUCUCCAUCUCAGAAGACCACCGGAGGAGUUGAGCCAGUGCAGAGAACACCAUGGACCAAAUCUUUGAAGAAUUUCCAGAAUCGAAGAAGGAGAAGGAAGAGUCUAUCGACGAAGAGCCCACAGCAAGCAGGAAGAGCAAGAACCCCACAUCUCUGUCCUGGGGCUUCAAGACCAAAGACGUCCGCAUUACCAAGAUCCCGAACCACUUCCAGACUAGGAAGACGGAGAAUAUCCUGAUCCUCGUGGCCUUCUCCAUCGGACUUGGUAGCACGUGGCGCUUCCCGUACCUCUGCCACCAGAAUGGAGGAGGGAGCUUUCUGCUGAUGUAUCUCAUCCUCCUCCUGCUGCUGGGCAUCCCCCUCAUGUACAUGGAGAUGGUCAUAGGACAGUGGCUACGGAUGGACAACAUCCGGGCCUGGAAGUAUCUGGUCCCCUGGCUUAGCGGUGUGGGCUACUCCAGCAUGCUGGCUUGCGUCUUGGUGGUCCUCUAUAACAGCGCCCUGGUCUCCUGGAGCCUCUUCUACCUCGGCCAGUCCUUUGAUUACCCUUUACCCUGGGAACACUGCCCCUUGAUGGAAAAUUUAAGUAUGGUUGGCAACGCCUGCCUUUGGUCAGAGCCCCACCAGUAUUUCUGGUACCGCACUAUCCUCCGAGCAUCCAAUCAAAUGGAAGAAGGGAUAAAGAUGCUGGUCCCAAACGUGACCCUGUGCCUCUUUGCCACAUGGAUCCUCCUCUAUGUCAGCAUGGUCACCAGGAUAAAGAUUUCAGUGCUAAUGAUGAUCUUCUCCAUAUUGUUCCCCAACAUCCUCCUCCUCUGCUUCUUCAUCCGCACUUUCUUCCUGAAAGGCGUGAAGGCCAACCUCAGGCGCCUGGUGACCACAGAGGUCUCCAUCUUGGCAUCACUGGACGCAUGGCGUCAGGCUGGAGGCCAUGUUCUUUACUCCCUCGGCCUCGGCAUGGGCACCAUCAUCACUUUCUCCUCCUACCAGACUAGAGGUGAGAACUACAUCAAGUGCGCGUCCUUUGUGGCCAUGGUCAACCUGGCGACUUCGGUGCUCAGUUCCUCCGUCACCUUCCUCGUGCUGGGCUUCUGGGCCACAACCAGCGGCAGUCGGUGUGUCGAGAGUAGUGUCACCAGUCUGCUCAACCUGAUAGCCAACGGUGUGCUACCCCAGGCCGCCUGGCCUCCCCAAGACAUCAUCCAUAAAUCCCCACCGGAAUACCUAAACUGGAUCAGCCAUCUCCCCAGCAGCUUACAGAAUGAGAUCGCCCAAUUAACCCUGCCCUGCAGCAUCCUGGUGCAGAAGGAAAAGUUAAUGGAGGGCCCUGGCCUGGCCUAUGUGGCCUUCUCUCAAGCCAUCUCCCUGUUUCCCGGUUCCUCUUUCUGGGCCAUCAUCUUCUUCGUGUCUCUGGCUAUCAUGGGCCUGUGCACCAUGCUAACUCUCCUGGAGGGCAUCGUGCUUCCCCUGCAGAAGAACAUCUCUACCUUCGCAAAGCAUCCCAAGCUGGUACCAGUGCUUGUCUGCUUGGGAGGAUUUCUGGGUAGCCUCGUCUUCUCCAGCCGCCCCGGCAGCUACCUGGUGUUCCUGUUCGAUGACCACCUGGUUCCUAUGGUCCUCGUCAUAAUUGUGGUGAUUCAGAACCUCUCUCUGGCUUGGGUCUAUGGAGUAAAGAGGUUCAGGGCUGAGAUGUUCGGCCAGCUGGGCCGCCUGGUGUGGUCCCCCUUCACCUUCCUGUGGAGCUACGUGACCUUGCCCACGCUGCUGGCUCUGCUCACCAUCUACUUCCUGAAUCUCUACCACAGCGAAUCUCUCUACUAUGUCUCCUGGAAUAAUAGCAUGGGCCAGGAAGUGAAGCGGCCUUACCAGAAGAUAGCCCUGGGCUGGGUCACCUUCCUCAGUGUCCUGGCCCUGCUGCCGAUCCCCAUGUACCCACUGCAGCACUGGUGGUAUCUGGAAGACCAAAACAUCUGUGAAACCUUAGAAAAGCCGUUUUCCUCCAAGAAAACAGUCACGGUGCCCAACAGGGUCACCCAGUGGCCUGUGCACCCCAUGAGGAAGCUCACCCUCAGAAACCAGGAGAAAAGCAAGGCGUUAUUCCAAAGCAAGGGUCCGCCAGAGCCCUUCCUCCAUCCCCAAAUCCUGAUAAAAAAAAGGGACAGCGAAGAAUACUCCAGCUUCAGCUUCCCGGGCACCACGCUGUCCUCCCGCGGAGUCUCCAUGGCCUUCACCUUCCCUGAGACAUCAAAGCACACUGGCCUCCCGGAAAGCGCUUCUGACUUCUACGGACAUUGAGAGAAGUGACAGGCUUGAGACUUGUGAAGGAAAGGCUUGUGAGAGCCCUGCUUAGCAGUGGCCGCACCAUCUGUUUUUGGUAGCGGGUGAUGUGCACCAACCCCUGUACCGGCCCCACGGAGAGCAGAACACGGGCUCCAAGACACCCGGCCCCGACUUCUGUGGUAGCCGCCAUGAGCCUCAGACAGUCAGGGGCGACUCAGGAGUCCGUCCUCUAGCACUGGACACUGUGCCCAGGGCAGGCCCCAGUGCCCCUCCCUCUCUUUGAUAUGGACACAAUUUUGGUCUGUCCAGAUGGGCCUCUAGCACGGUCCCAGUUCCCGAGAGACACAGUGGUCCCUCUAGCCCUGCCUAGACAUCAUGCCUGUCAGAAAUGUGGCUGACCUCCCAGGGAUGGUCAUCUCAGAUGGCACCAAGAUAGCGAUGCUGUCUGUCAAUAAAUGAGGCAGUGGACGACA